UUUGAAAAACUCUCUAUAAAGUUUAAACUUCAAACCAAACCAUAUUGAAACAACGAACGACCAUUUCCAGUGGUUCUGUGUUUUCGAUUCUCACAGUAUAUACAUACAUAUAUAUAUAUAUAUAUAUAUAUAUCAAUAGAUGGCGAACCAGUUGGGGAAUUUAGUGCAAUCGAUAAAGUCAAAGGUUCGAGCCCUGAAGAAGUCGAAGAAGCCGUACAUCAAGAUGGACAAGAGCUCGAGUGUGAAGGUGGAGAUCCGUAGCAAACAGGCUCGCAAACUCAUCGACAAGACUCUCAAAGUCGCCGAUCGCCCCGGCAAGCGUACCGUUUCUUGAUACACUCUCCCACUUAUUCUCUCUCUCUCUCUCUCUCUCUCUCUACAUAUCUAUAUGUGUGUAUGUAUAGGUAUGAAUUUGAUGGCCGAUUCUGUGUUUUUCCGGCGUCAAUUAUUAGCGAUUUGUCUUCGCUUUCUUCGCGUUUGGGUUUGGAACCGUUUCGGUUUUCAUUAUUAAUCAUGCGAUUCUAAUUAUGAUUUUUUUUUUAUUAGUCAUUUAUAGAAUUGCUGUAGUGGAUUACUUAAA